AUGGAUUCUCAAAGCCUGUUUGACGUCAAGGGUAAAGUGGUGCUGGUCACCGGUGGCGCCAAGGGUAUUGGUCGCAUGAUCUCUGAAGGCUACGUGACAAAUGGGGCUACGGUCUAUAUCUCAUCUCGAGAUGCGAAAGCCUGUGAGGAGGCUUGCAAGGAGCUGAAUGCGCUUGGAAAGGGCAAGGCUCACGCAAUUCCUGCCGACUUUUACAAGUAUGAGGAUGUCAAGAAGUUGGCCGAGGAGCUGGCGAAACGGGAGACCAAGCUUCAUGUCCUUGUGAACAACUCCGGGUCAAACUGGGGAGCACCAUACGACAAGUAUCCCUCGGAGGCCUUCACUCGAGUGUUGACACUCAACUUGCACCGAGUGUUUGAUCUCACUCAGCUGGUCACCCCUCUCUUGGAGAAUGCAUCCUCUCCUAAUGACCCAGCACGCAUCAUCAACAUUGGUAGCAUCGAUGGUUUGCGUGUCCCCUCCCUCGAGACCUUCGCAUAUAGCUCAAGCAAGGCUGGUCUCCACCACCUGAGCCGAGUGCUAGCGAACCACCUCGGCAAGCGCAAUAUCACUUCCAACACCCUUGCCUGCGGCCCAUUCGAAAGCAAAAUGAUGGCGGCUACCCUGAAAUCCUUUGGUGAUGCUAUCAAGGCGGGAGUUCCUCUUGGCCGUAUCGGCACACCUCAAGAUGUCGCCGGUGCCUGCUUGUUCCUCAGCAGCCGUGCGGGUGCUUUCAUUAAUGGUGCGACCAUCACAGUUGAUGGAGGUAGCUCGAUUUCGGCUAAGAUUUAG